CGAGCCAUCAUCUAUCUGCUUUGGACCCGAGCCUGAAACUUUGCUUCCGAAUCCGAACCUCAGUGUUGCUCCUGCGCCCGCCGUUGAAAAAAUUUCGAUCACUUUAUCUCUCUCUCGAGCUCGGAAACCCUAACGCACUCUUUGAAAAAUCGAGGUUGGGAGAGGAAGAAAGGCUCUCCAUUUGCUGUAGAUACAAAGUGUGAAAUAUUUUGAAGGUAGAUCAUGAAUUCUCGAGGGGAUAGAGGCGUUGAACAUGUUCCUCUAUUUAAAUUCAAACUUUAAAAUCAAAGGAGACAACAAUCUUGAACUUUGUUCUGUUUUUUUCUAUUAGAGGUUCCAGAUAUUUAGAAUAAUUUCUUAGGAGCUAAAUCUAUGGAGAGGAUCCACAAUUUCUUUGGACAAGAAGGCCUAUCUCAAGACCAGCAUCAGUCUCAGGUGGUUGAUGGAAGCUGGUCCGGUUUCAGUAACGGUUUAGUUGGAAACCAGAGGCAUAUAGACCCAUCCAGUAUUGCUAGUCUGAAGAGUUAUAGCACACAACAACCUGUUGAUCCAGAGAGAUGGCAAUCUUCAAAUUCACACCAUGGUUUGAGUUUUACGCAGCAGCAGCAACCUUCUAUAAGGUCUGAGUACUCCAGAGGUCUGUUACAAGAUAAUCAGCAACUCACAAAUGGUUACAUGCAUGGGAUGGCAAUGCAGAAUGGGUCAAAUGUUUUGGGAGUGGGUGUAGAAUCUGGUAGAGAUAGCUUAUCAGCGAAAGGGUUUACUUCAGACAUUCAUAAAACUCCUAUGAGGUUUGAGAUGGGAGGAGAAUCUCCGGUUAAUUGUGACUUCUUUGGUGGUCAACAGCAAUUAAACAGCCAGCCGCCUGGCAUGCUCCAGCCGUUUCCAAGGCAGCAGAUGACUUUCAAUGAUAUGCAAGUGCUAAAGCAGCAAGUUAUGUUUAAGCAAAUGCAAGAGUAUCAACUUCAACAACAGCUUCAUAAGCGGGAAGCCAGGCAGCUCAGUUCUUUGAAUUCAAAUGCAGUAAAUGGAAAUCGCUCAAGUGAUAAUCAAUCACACCUUUUGAUUAAUGGCAUCCCUCUUCAGGAUGCGUCUAGUAAUGGUUGGCAGCCUGAUCUUGUGUCAGGAAAUACACACUGGAUGCACCCCGGCAUUUCACCAGUUUCAUCCAGUGGGCUUGGCGCUGAGCACGGACAGGCGAACUUACAGUUUGAACCUUCCUUGUACAGCAUGCCUCUUGGUGGGGCAAAUGCACCUCAAAAUUCCUUCUCUUCCGUUCAGAUGAGCAGGUUAUCUUCGGAGCAUGGUUCCGCUCUCACCAAUCAGCCUGAUAGUUUUAUGCUACCUAGAUCCACAUACCAGGCGAGAGCGAUGUUCUCAAAUACUUCAGCUCCAGGUUCAAAUGAUAGCCCAAAUUUUGAAUGUUUCCAGCAAGAUGAUCCACGCGAGAGAAACGUUUCAGCGCAGGAGAAACUCGAUCAGAUGAAGGGUUCUGGUCCACCAGAAAAAUCAUAUAUAAAAGCGCCUGGAAAUGUUUCUGGGUCACAGAAGUCGACAGCCUUAGAUCCAACAGAAGAAAAGAUUUUGUUUGGUUCGGAUGACAAUUUGUGGGAAGCAUUUGGAAACGACACUGAUAUGAGCUUGACAGGAAACCUGAUGUCCAGUAGUUCUGACCUUAAUGAUGCAUGCCCCUCUUUGAAAGGUGGGGGUUGGAGUGCUCUUAUGCUAUCUGCUGUAGCAGAAACAUCCAGUAAUGACGCAGGCUUUGGUAACAGGGUCCAGAAUCUUGGCGUCAAGGCUUCAAAUGCACUAAGUGAGAGACUCCAGAGUGAUUCGGGCUCUAUUCAAAGGAAUGAGGGUAUUGAAGAUAGAUUUGGUAUUUGGAAGGCUGCUUCUAAUCCAAACUUAGUUGCUCCUGCUGAACAGAAGAAUCACUUCACCCAAAAUCUACAAAUGAAGGCAAACUAUGGAUUUGGCAUUGCCACUGCGGAAAACAAGUCUACUGCUUCUAGGGAUGUCCAGGAAAACCAACAGCAUUUGGGUAAUAACUCUGUGGAGAAAGCUACCCCUCAAGUGAAUUAUAGAGAUGGCAGUCAGAUCAGUCUCAAAUUUCACUAUCACCCCAUGGGUAAUACUGGUGUCACUGAUGAGCCUUAUCGAGAAAAAGUUGCCCAUUUGCCACCCACACUGGAGCAGGUUUCUGCAGGAAAUCAAGGCUAUUUCGGGCAGCCAAAGUCUCUUAGUCAGCCACCUAUGAACAUGCAAAUUGACAGGGGACAUGGUUUACAAGGCAUAGGAUCAGAAAAUUCACCUACUACAUCUGCUUCAGCCGACAGAAGUGUUGAUAUGUGUAAUCAAGUGAAGAAUGCGUCAAGGCAGACUAUGCUUGAGCUUCUUCACAAGGUGGACCAGCCGGAGGAGCAUUCUGUGGAAACAAAUGUUUCCAAUAUUCCUGAAUCAACACCCUCUGCAGAAAAUGGUGGUCAAUCUCGUCAGAGACAGUCAUCUGCUUCUCAGGGGUUUAGUUUACAGCUGGCUCCGCCAUCUCAACCAGCUCCCUCACCUGAUAAUGUGCAGUUUUCUAUGAAUUCUUUGCAGCCAUUGAAUUCACUUCAUAUUGCCCCUGAAAAAGGACCAACAAGUCAAUCAAGGUUUGCUCCAUGGGCAUCUAAUCAAUCUUUUCCACAGCAUUCCACUUAUCAAGGAGAAAGCAACAACGCCUCUGGUUUCCCAUAUUCCAAAGGGUAUCGCCAAAAUCAACUGAUGCCUGUUGAUACUCGACAAUUAACUUCUAACCAUUUAGUCAGUUCAUCCUCUGAGUUGUCAACCCUUCAAGUGAAAGAAAGAGAUCAAAGCAGUGACUAUUCAGCACAAACACCUUCCCUGCUAAAUCCUACGACCCACAACAACAAAGGAGAUUCAGCUGAAGGGUUUCCUAUGCUGUCUGCUCCUCAGCCUCAGGUUAUAUUCAGUUCGCCUCAGCAGAGCUCCUCUUCUGGUAUGAGAUCUGACUCAGGAGCCGGUAUUUUAGCACCGCAACAUCGGUUUUGGAACCAGCCACCUAAGCCUCAGCUAGAUAUAUUACGGCCGCAUCCAGUUACCAAUAGCCACGUAGAAGACAUCUUCUCAAGGCAGGAGAAGAGAAAUCAAUUAUCCUCUCAAAAUGGAGGAGACAUGUCAUUAAGUGGGAGGGACAUGGUGAAUAUGCAUGAGUUGCAGGGUCAAGAUAUGGGUGCAAAACAAACAGCUGGUGUUGCUUCGAUGUUCUCCAGAAUGGUGCAGAGCAAUCAUCAAACCUUUGAUCGCUCUUUUCCUUCAAACAACCUUCCGAAAGAUAAUAUGCGUCACGAUGAGCUUAUGGCUGAAAAUGGGGAGGCUGACGCACCCAAGAUGACUGUGAAGAGAGGCGAGGAUAGUUCUGUUCAUCUUCAAAAGGUAGCUUCCAAAGAGGAGCAACAGUCACCUUUAAGAUCUGAUGGUUUACUGAGAGAUGGAUUGAAUCACAAGGAAUCAGCGAACCACUUGCUACCUUUCGGCCAAACUGUUUCUCAGAGUUUCUCCAAUAAGAAUCAUUCAGCCGCGGCUGGAACAGAUCAUCAACAACAAAUCAGUCCUCAGAUGGCUCCAUCCUGGUAUAAUCAAUACGGAACUUUCAAGAACGGACUGGUGCAACCCGUGAAUAAUACAGGGAGACUCACCUCCUUGAACAUAGAAGAAAAAUCUUCUAAUGUUGGGAGUUCAGCUGAUGGUUCACAUUCUGUUCAAUCUCCGAAGCAAUCUCGGAAGCAGUUUAAUACGCAGCAAAUGUCAGGCUCCGCACCAGGAGCGGAGAUUCCCUCAUCUGAGUCAUUGCCUCAUGGUGCAACUCAUACACUUCUGAAGGUUGAUAAACCAAAGAAGCGCAAAACUGCCACAUCAGAGCUUCUAUCUUGGAAAAAAGAAGUCAUGCAUGGUUCCCAGAGGCUUAAGACUCUCAGUGAGGCCGAGGUUGAUUGGGCCAGAGCAACUAAUCAAUUUGCUGAAAAGGUGGAAUUUGGGAAUUUACUUGAGGAUGGCCUACCAAUCAGAUCAAAGAGAAGGCUUAUAUAUUCAACACAACUCAUGCAACAACUAUUUCGCCCGCCUCCUGCUAGGGUAAUAUCUUUGAUUGCUAGCUCAAACUAUGAGUUUGUUGCAUAUACUGCUGCAAGAGGAGCACUAGGAGAUGCAUGUAGCUCCACUUUUACUGAUAGGAACGAAUGCCUUUUGCCCCAGAACAAAUCAAACCCGGUGUCUGAGAGAAGGAAAACUGAAACAAUCAGUGAGCAGUACAUCUCCAAAGCUGCUGAAGAUUUCAUUAGCAGGUCACAGAAACUAGAGACUAACUUUGCAGGACUACAGAACGGAAGUACAAUUGCAGACUUGAGCGUGGAACUCCAGGAUCUAGAGAAGUUUGCAGUGAUCAAUCGUUUUGCGAAGUUCCACCCAACAUCCUCAUCUACGGACCGGACAGUGAGUUCACUUAGGUUAAUCCCACAAAGAUAUGUUACUAUAGCUCCAAUGCCUCAGAAUAUUCCAGACAGGGUACAAUGUCUCUCCCUCUAACUAUUGAUGAAUCCGUUCAAUAUUAUUCUGUUUUUGGCCAGUAGUUCCCAUUCAUAUGUAUGUGUGUAUUUCUUGGGUGGGUAUGAGUUAGUAGUUGGUCAGGAUUCUGAGAACUGUGAAGGUCUCUAUUGUUAAGAAGCCGGAGCUUUCCUACUAGACAACAUGUAGCAUUAAUGUAUUCAUCUUCACGAAUAUUGUAAGCGAAAAUAAUCCCAUUUGUAUACUUAGUAAAGAGUAGUUGCUCAUAACAAAAGGUUACAACC